GCAGCUUUCGGGCUUGUGUCUUAUGACAUGACAUUUUAUAAUAGGAAGUUUUACAGCUUCAGAUGCCUGCUUACACUAGAGCUCACAUCACCAUCACUGGGGGUGGGAGUAAAUCACUGAGCGGUCUAAAAUAACCCCCAGCCUUGCAACAUCUAAGUUGCAAUAAAAGAAUAAAAAUAGGAUAAUUCCCCACCACCACCACCCAAGUUGCUAACCGGUCCCUUGGUGCUGUUUCGACAUCUGCUGGCUGCUGUUGUAAUGCUGGGAGGUUUCGCUGCGGAGAAGCAAAGCAAUGAGAGUCGCCCGAUCUUCCAGCUGGGCGCAGGUAGAAGUACUGCCGAUAACUGCGGCGUCUGCAGCUUUGUCUUCCCAAAUGGGCCCAAAUGGAGAAACUGGUGGCAGUUUAUCUGCCGUCAGGCAGAUUUUCAACCAAAACAGGCCUCGUGGUGCCGGCUCGGGGCACCAUCGCACCUGCCUUUGGGGGUCCAUUGGUCAAAACCGAGGGCUUCUGCAGGAUGCCCCACUCCCAGCGCACAUGUUGCUGUCACCCAUCAGUACCCACAACCCACAAGAAGACAGAAAAAACCACACACACACAACCCCGAGCGACACAAACCCCGGAGGAAGCGAGGCCAGGAGCGGAACUGAAAGUGCGUGCGCAGCCCGGCCCCCGCCGCGGGCGCCUUCCCCCCGCGCCGCCGCCCUGCGCAUCCGUGAUGGAGGAUCUGGACGCUUUGCUGGCGGAGCUGGAGCAAAGCCCCACCGGGCAGGAUGCGGCUCCCGCCAAGCCCCCGCCCCGCCCCGGCCCGCUGCCGCUCGCCUCGGCAGCUCCCCAGGCACGGCCGGCACCUCGGACGCAGCCUGCCAGGACGGAUCUGAACACCGUCUACAGCCGGCGGCAGCGGGGCCGGGAGCCGGGCCGGGGGACCCCCCCUCGCUGGACCGCAUGCUGGGCGGCCUCACGCGGGAGCUGCAGGAGCUGGGCAUCACGGCGGCCCCCAAGGGCGCCUGCGCCGCCUGCCGCAAGCCCAUCGCCGGCAAGGUGCUGACGGCGCUGGGCCGAGCGUGGCACCCCGAGCACUUCACCUGCACCCGCUGCGGGCAGGAGCUGGGCGGGCGGCCCUUCUUCGAGCGGGGCGGGCAGGCGUACUGCGAGGAGGACUACCACCAGGCCUUCUCGCCCCGCUGCGCCUACUGCGCGGCCCCCAUCCGCCAGAAAGUCCUCACGGCGCUGGACCAGACCUGGCACCCGGAGCACUUCUUCUGCGCCCACUGCGGGAAGGUGUUUGGAGACAACGGUUUCCACGAGCGCGACGGGAAGCCGUACUGCCGCCACGACUUCCUGGCCAUGUUCGCGCCCAAGUGCCAGGGCUGCGGGCGCCCCGUGACAGACGACUACCUGUCGGCCCUGCAAGGCGUCUGGCACCCCGAGUGCUUCGUGUGCGCGGACUGCCUGAGCUGCUUCGCCGGCGGCUCCUUCUUCGAGCUGGAGGGCCGGCCCUACUGCGAGCUGCACUUCCACCAGCGCCAGGGCAGCGUGUGCCACGGCUGCGGGCGCCCCGUGGCCGGGCGCUGCAUCUCGGCCGCCGGCCGCAAGUACCACCCCGAGCACUUCGUCUGCGCCUACUGCCAGCGCCAGCUGCACCAGGGCGCCUUCCGCGAGCACGCCGGCAAGCUCUACUGCCAGGCCUGCCACGACAAGCUCUUCCUGUGACCCCCCCCCCCCCAAAAAUGGGACCCCCCGCCUUGCGUUUUCCGGCCCCCCGUCCCGCUGUCGGCAAAGGAAUAAACAGCCUGGCUCUGC